AACUGCGGUUGGCCAUGUGGGAUUUUCCAGCGUCCUUAACCACCGCACCACCUGCCAGCCCCCUGUCUGUGCUUUUGAUGUCAUGCUUAAGAAAGCGGCGCCUUAUCCAAAGUCAUGAAGAUUUUCACUGACAUGUUCUUCUCAGAGUUUCAUACUUUUUGUUAUAUGUGUUUCCAGCAGCUUUCCCCUUUGGGCUCAUAUCUGUGGUCCCCCAUAGAGUCCCACCGUCACCAGGGGUGCUCUCUAGCAGAGGUACUAUCUUCUCGUGCGUGGCAUCCAGUAGCCAUUUAACUCCUUCGUGAAAUAUAUGUCGCAAAAGGCCCUCAUGCCACCUGUCACAGAGAAAUUUGCCCUGCUACAUCUCUGCCCCAAAUCUGAACCCCCAAAGACCACACCACUCACUCACCUACCUAUACAGGGGACUGCCAACUGCCUGAGGGAGCUUGGCACUGUUUGGGGCACACGUCCUCAGGCGCAGGUCCUGAGGAGUGGGCACUGACAAGCUUCUAAGGACGAGGCAAGCAGAGCUGUCUCUGGGACAGCUACAGGGAUCCCCAAAGGGAAGUUCCACCUGGAAGCUGCUUUCACCCUGUACUUGGAAGAACUGAAUCUGCACCGAGCCCAGCACAGGAACCUGCCAUGACCUCCCUGCUCCAGCUUCUCACUCUGGCCUCCUUCUUCCUACCAGGCCAGACCUCAUGGGGCGUCUCCAGUCCCCCAGAAGUACAGGGUGUGCAGGGUUCAUGCUUGCUCAUCCCCUGCGUCUUCACUUUCCCUGCUGACGUGCCGGCGUCCAGUGGCAUCGUAGCCAUCUGGUACUACGACUACUCAGGCCAGCGGCGGGUGGUGAGCCACUCGGCAGACCCCACGCAGGUGGAGGAGCGCUUCCGCCGCCGAGCCCAGCUGGUGGGGCGGCCAGAGAACAAGGUGUGCGACCUGCAGCUGAGGGACCUGCAGCCCGAAGACUCGGGCUCCUACAACUUCCGCUUCGAGAUCAAUGAGGGCGACCGCUGGUCAGAUGUCAAAGGAACCUUGGUCACCGUGACAAAGGAGCCCAAGGUCCCCACCAUUGCCUCUCCGGAGGAGCUGCGCGAGGGCAUGGAGGUGAACUUCAACUGCUCCACACCCUACGCAUGCCAGAAGGACCAGGUCAGCCUGCAGUGGCACGGCCAGGACCCCACUCGCUCUGUCACCUCCAACCUCCAGAAGUUUGAUCCCACCACCGGCAUCAGACACAUGGAGACCCUCCACAUGGCCCUGACCUGGCAGGACCACGACCGGACCCUGCGCUGCCAGCUCUCAGUGGCCGAGCACAGGACUCAGGGCGAGAUUAAUCUCCGGGUGCAGUAUGCCCCUAGGGGCGUGGAGGUCCUCCUCAGCCCCUCGGGGCGGAACAUCCUUCUGGAUGAUCUGGUCACGCUCGCCUGCCAGGUGAACAGCAGCUACCCUGCAGUCAGCUCUGUGAAGUGGUUCAAGGAUGGGGCUCCCCUGGAAGCCACGGCUCGUGUGCUGCAGCUGUCCCAGGCAGCCUGGACCGAUGCCGGCCUGUACACCUGCCAGGCCGAGAAUGGCGUGGGUUCUGUGACCUCGCGCCCUGUCAGCCUCCACAUUUUCACGGCCGAGGUCAAGGCGAGCCCGGCAGGCUCCAUCCUGGAGAACCAGACAGUGACGCUGACCUGCGACACGCCCAAAGAGGCGCCCAGCCAGCUCCGCUUCAGCUGGUACAAGAACCAGGUCCUGCUGGGGGACGCCCACACCCGUACCCUCCAGCUACACUCAGUCACCAGGGCUGACACCGGCUUCUACUCCUGCGAGGUGCACAAUACCCAGGGCAGCCAGCGCUCUGGCCCCGUCAGCGUGGUGGUCAGCCACCCACCGCUUGCCCCAGAUCUCACCGCUUUCCUGGAGACACAGACAGGAGUCGUGGGCAUCCUCCACUGCUCCGUGGUCAGCGAGCCCCUGGCCACACUGGUGCUGUCACACCGGGGCCUCAUGCUGGCCUCCACCACUGGAGAAGGGGUCUACAGCACACGCUUCAGCAUCUCCUCUGCCCCCAACUCCCUGCGCCUGGAGAUCCGGGACCUGGAACCUGCAGACAGUGGGGACUACGAGUGUUCAGCCACCAACUCCCUUGGAAACGCAAGCUCCACCCUGGAGUUCCAUGCCAGUGCCACCCGCCUCCUCAUCAGCCCUGCAGCAAAGGUGGUGGAAGGGCAGGCAGUGACCCUGAGCUGCAGGAGUGGCCUCAGCCUGACGCCCGAAACCCGCUUCUCCUGGUACCUGAACGGAGCCCUGCUUCUCGAAGGACCCAGCAGCAGCCUCCCGCUCCCCGCGGCCUCCAGCACUGACGCCGGCUCAUACCACUGUUGGGUCCAGGAUGGCCACGGUGCCAGCGACCGCUCCCUGCCUGCUGUCCUCACCGUGCUCUACCCCCCACGCCAGCCCACGUUCACUGCCCGCCUGGACCUCGGUGCCACCGGAAUCAAGGCUGGACGGCGAGGUCUCCUCUCGUGCCGUGUGGACAGCGACCCCCCAGCCCAGUUGCGGCUGCUCCACAAGGACCAUGUCGUGGCCACCUCAGAGGGUGGCUGCCGCAGCUGUGGGGGCUGCUCCCAGCGCAGGAAGGUGACCCGAGCUCCCAACGAGCUGCGUGUGGAGAUUAGCGAGCCGGUGCUGGAGGACGAGGGCAGGUACCUGUGCGAGGCCAGCAAUGCCCUGGGCAACUCCUCUGCCACAGCCACCUUCAAUGCCCAGGCCACUGUCCUCGUCAUCAUGCCAUCGAACACGCUGCUGGAGGGCACACAGGCCAAUCUCACUUGCAAUGUGAGCCGGGAAGCCACCGACAGCCCUGCCAACUUCUCCUGGUUCCGCAAUGGGGUGCUAUGGGUCCAGGGUCCCCUGGAGACCGUGACGCUGCUGCCCGUGGCCAGAACCGAUGUUGCCCUCUACACCUGCCGCACCCUCACUGAGGCUGAUGCCCAGCUCUCUGCUCCUGUGUUCCUGAGUGUGCUCUAUCCCCCAGAACUCCCAAAGCUGUCGGCUCUUCUGGACGUGGGCCAGGGCCACAUGGCUGUGUUUGUCUGCACUGUGGACAGUCAUCCCCUGGCCCAGCUGUCCCUGUUCCAUGAGGACCACCUCCUGGCCACCACCCUGGGGCUUCAGCUGCCACCCCAUGGCCGGCUCCAGGCCAAGGUUAUGGCCAACUCUCUGCGGCUAGAAGUCCGAGAACUGAGCCUUCGGGACUCUGGCAGCUAUCGCUGUGAAGCCACAAAUGUUCUUGGAUCAGCCAAUACAUCACUCUUCUUUCAGGUCCGAGGAGCCUGGGUUCAGGUAUCACCAUCGCCUGAGCUCCGGGAGGGCCAGACAGCAGUCCUGACCUGCCAGGUAUCCUCAGAGGUCCCCGAGGGGACCUCUUACCGCUGGUACCAGGAUGGCCAGCCCCUCCUGGAGGCAACCUCGGCCACACUCCGCUUUGCAGCCAUAACUGUGACACAAGCUGGGGCCUACCAUUGCCAGGCUCAGGCCCCAGGCUCGGCCACCACAAGCUUGGCUGCCCCCGUCAGCCUCCAUGUGUCCUACAAACCCCGCCAGGCCACACUCACCACCCUGAUGGACAGAGGCCCUGGGCGGCUGGGCCUCCUCCUAUGCCGCGUAGACAGUGAACCUCCGGCCCAGCUGCGGCUGCUCCAUGGGGACCAGCUCGUGGCCUCCACCCUCCCAGAUGUGGGGGACUCUUCAGGCCUCGACCGCCGGCUGCGGGUGGCCGUGGCUCCCAACACGCUGCGCCUGGAGAUCCACAAUGCUGUGCUGGAGGAUGAGGGCGUCUACACUUGCGAGGCCACCAACAUCCUGGGCCAGGCCACGGCCUCGGCUGACUUCGAUGCCCAGGCCGUGAGGGUGCAGGUGUGGCCCAAGGCCACCGUACAGGAGGGGCAGCUGGUGAACCUAACCUGCCUCGUCUGGACCUCCCGCCCGACUCCGCUCACCUAUACGUGGUACCAGGACCAGCAGCAGCGCCCGGGUGCCCGCUCCAUCCUCCUGCCCAAUGUCACAGUCACAGAUGCCGCCUCCUACCGCUGCGGUGUGGGGCCCCCUGGCCAGACGCCUCACCUCUCCAGUCCUGUCACUCUGGAUGUCCUCUACCCACCCCGAAGCCUGCGCCUGACUUACCUCCUGGAGAGCCAUGGUGGGCAGCUGGCCCUGGUACUGUGCACUGUGGAUAGCUACCCGCCCGCCCAGCUAGUCCUCAGCCAUGCUGGCCGCCUCCUGGCCUCCUCAACGGCAGCCUCUGUCCCCAACACCCUGCGGCUGGAGCUACGUGAGCCACGGCCCAGUGACGAGGGUCUCUACAGUUGCUCCGCCCAGAGCCCUCUAGGCCAGGCCAAUGCGUCCCUAGAGCUGAGGCUAGAGGGUGUGCGGGUGACCCUGGCUCCAUCAGCUACUGUGCCUGAGGGGACCCCUGUCACGAUGACCUGUGAGGACCCGGUUGCCCGCCCACCCACCCUCUAUGCCUGGUACCACAAUGGCCGUUGGCUGCAGGAGGGUCCUGCUGCCUCAUUCUCCUUCCCGGCGGUCAUGCGCACCCACGCGGGUGCCUACUCCUGCCAGGUCCAGGAUGCUCAGGGCACACGCAGUGCCCGGCCUGCUGCCCUGCAAAUCCUCUAUGCCCCCCGAGAUGCUGUCCUGUCCUCCUUCUGGGACUCGAGAACCAGGCCCAUGGCCACGGUACAGUGCACUGUGGACAGCGAAGCUCCUGCCGAGCUGGCCCUGUCCCGAGCGGGCAAGGUGCUGGCCACCAGCCAUGGAGUCCACAACUCAGCAGUGGGGACGGGCCGUGUCCAGGUGGCACGCAAUGCCCUGCGGCUGCAGGUGCAGGAUGUGCCCUGAGGUGACGACGACAUCUAUGUCUGCACAGCCCGCAACCUGCUGGGCUCUGUCAGCACCACCGGGAGGCUGCAGACGGAAGGCCUGCGUGUGUUCGUGGAGCCAGGCCUGGACGUGCCUGAGGGUGCGGCGCUGAACCUGAGCUGCCGCUUCCCUGGGGGCCCUGGGCAGGUUGUCAACUCCACCUACGCGUGGUUCUGGAAUGGCCGGAGACUACGUGCGGGGCCUGUGCCCACCCU